CAUGUUUUUACUAAAUUAAACUUGUCUAAAACAAUAAAAAUUAAAAAAUUAUAUAUAAACUUGAACAUAUAAAAAAAAAACAAAAGUCACCGGGCGAGAUUCGAACCCGUAACACUCGUUUAGCAGUCCGCGUCUUAACCCGCUGGACCAGACGGACAGUGGCCGGCAACACGAAAUUAGCGACCAUAUUCUGCGUCGAAAGAAAAACGCAUGAAAACUCGAAAACACGCGUUUUCCCAAACAUAAGACUAAUUUAGAUCGAUGUUUACCCCCAAAAACCCCCAUAUACCAAAUUUCAGCAAAAUCGUUAGAGCCGUUUCCGAGAUCCCGGAAAUAUAUAUAUAUACAAGAAUUGCUCGUUUAAAGGUAUAAGAUAUACGAUAAUUAUCGUACGCCUGGUAACACUGCUACUAGCCCAGCUUUUAAUACGUUUAGAAAUGUACCGUUAAUGCGUUGUGAAAAUAUCUUUUUUUGUGUUAAUUUGUACGAAUUAUUAAUGACAACUUAUACGUGGAAAUUGAAAACUAAAACAUAGCGAAAUUCCACAACUCAGUUAAAAAUUAACAGCUUACGCUUUAGAUAUGUACUAUGAAUAAAUUUGUCAUUGUCAAUCACGGAAGUGUUUGUUACAUAGACAUGUUUGUUAAGAUAUAAAAUAUGAUUUCUGAACGAAAUCAUAUUUAAAGGUGGCUGCAGAUAUUAACUUGGCCAUUUUGUAAGCAGACACGAAAACUUGGCUUCGAAUUCGCACAGCAAUAAAUGCUCUCAAAUAGAACAAGUAAUAAAAAAAAAACAAAUGUCAAACAACUGUCAACAUUAAUUUAAUGGGCAGUCGAGACGAUCAGAAAGUUUCUAUUAUUAUAGCUUUAAAUUAAGUCUGCUGAUGAAAUUUAGUCAUUCUUCUUUAAAUUAGUUAUCGCCCACAGGUUUAUUUAAUGGAGGAAUUAAAUUCGUGCCGCUGCUGCUUAAUGCGGCCGCCAGACAAGCAUCUGAAUUCGCCCUAUAAUCGUCUUGGGCAUACAGAGAUAUACGCGGAUAUGCUAAAAGAGUGCUUCGAAAUAUAUUUACCCCUUGGCGAUAAUAGUGAGUGUGGCAUUUGUGAGAUAUGUGUGAGCCGCUUGCGGGAUGCCAGUGACUUCAAGCUGCAAGUGCAGCGGUGCCAGGUGGAACUCCAGGCACGGCUCGCCAGGCCAAUUGAAAUGAAAGGUGAAGAAGCACUCAAAGUCAAGAUGGAGAUGUCUGAUGAUGAUGACAAUGGGGCUUAUAUAUUGCAGCUGAAGGAGGAAAUGUCUGAUUACGAAGAGCUGAAGGAAGAAGACAGCAAGCUGGCCGAGCUGCUGGCCUUCGAGCAGGUCACCGUCAAGCGGCGCAAGAGCAGCUCCUCCAAGACAGAACGAAAAUCAAGAAAAAUACUAUCACGUCCAGCGCUCACACUGUCUCUUCGUCAGCUCUCGAAAAUAGACAAAAUCAAGAGCCCCAUCGAAGACCGAUCCAGCUACGUCAGCGAGAGCAGGAAACACAAGCAAAACAUAGAAAAUCUACUCAAACAUUGCAACGGGACACCGUUUUCCAACAAAACGUUAUAUGGGUACAUAUGCGCAUAUUGCAAAGAAACAUACCCCGACCCACAGGACUUGAGAACUCAUACGGAAUCAGAACACAAAAAUUCAGAGUUUUAUGACACCAAAAGAAUGGACAAAAAUAAUAUGUCGGUUAAAAUGGAUAUAACUGACCUUAAAUGCAAUCUUUGCAACGACAGAUUCGAAGAUGUAGCGACUCUGAAGACGCAUUUGAUUAAAAAACAUGAUAUAAAGUUUCAUCCCGAUGUUAAAGAUUAUAUAAUGGAGUUUAAACUGACUUCAGGUGACAUAUUAAACUGUGCUCACUGUAAUUCAACAUUUGAGACGUUUAAAAUGCUUCUACAACACAUGAACGGGCAUUACAGAAACUAUAUCUGCAAUGUAUGUGAUAUGGGCUUCAUAAAUAAGCAUAGAUUGAAAAAUCAUGAGCGUACGCACGAUCUAGGCACGUAUAAAUGCGAAUUUUGCGAUAAAGUUUUCAGUACAAGAGUAAGAAAGAUGUGUCACGAGAAAUAUACGCAUAAUAGCAGCGCGAGAUAUACUACAAAUUGUCCGCAUUGCGAUCAAAGCUUCACAAGCUACUACCAAAGGAAUAGACAUAUGUUCACAGAACAUAACACAGUUGCAGCAUCAUACAAAUGCAAUAUAUGUGAUAAAAACUUCAUUUUGAAAUCGAAAUUAACAUCUCACAUUAAAAAAGUACAUUUAAUGGAACGGAACCAUAUUUGUCCGGAGUGCGGGCAAGGAUUUUUCAUCAAGCAAUCUCUAGACGAGCAUAUGAUCAAGCAUAACGGAGAACGGGUGCACAAAUGUAAUGUUUGUUUGAAGGCCUACGCUAGGAAGAAGACUCUGCGGGAGCAUAUGAGGAUACAUAAUAAUGAUAGACGGUUCAAGUGCGGUGUGUGCGGGUUGGCCUUCGUGCAGAAGUGUAGCUUGAAAAGCCAUAUGUUGUCCAACCACGGUAUAACUCUGUCGGAAUUUGAGAGUCGGGAGCUAAGCAGUCCGCAGGCCACAUAAGCUUUAGUCCUACAAACUCAAGACGGGUCAAGCUAUCUUUACAAGUGCAGUGACAGAGUGUGUAACACCACAAACAAUAAGUUCCUAUGCUUAGAAUCAGAGGAAAGUGGGAAAGCUCACUGUCUCAGCAAGCGAGGAAGAAUUGUAAUACUCUAAGGAUGUGUGAGGAUGCAUAGCAAGGGAUGUGAUUUUUUUAGACUACAUCGGUGGCAAAUAAGCAUACUGCCCGCCUGGUGGUAAGCAGUCUCCGUAACAUAUGGACGCCUGCAAAUCCAGAGUGUGUUUGUUAAGAAUCAAUAAAAAAUUGGCGACUUGAACUGCGCUGAGUGAGGAUACCUAUAGGACUUAUUCAUGAUGAAGUUUAAAUCAUAUUCAACUGG